AUGUGGAACGUUGCGGUGGCAGUGAGCAGCUUGCUGGCGGCGGUCGCUCUGACCAGCGCAGAGCCCCCGAACAACCAGUACCUGCCGCCCACGUCCGGAGGACAGCAGGGCUACAACUACGACAGGCCGCCAGUGGCGUUUCCCCCCCGCCCCAGCCCGCCCGCCCCGGCACCCCGGCCGCAGCCGCAGCCCACCUACAACCCGCCCACCAACGGAGGCUACGACUACAACGCCAACGCCAACCUGCCCGGCAGCAACGGCGGGGACCACGAUGACCACCACCACCACGAGCCCGGCAUGCCCUACGACUUCAACUACGCCGUCAAGGACGACUACUACGGCACGGACUACAGCCGCAACGAGGUGUCCGACGGCGACGUCAUCCGCGGCGAGUACCGCGUGCAGCUCCCCGACGGCCGCCUGCAGAUCGUGCGCUACACGGCCGACUGGAAGAACGGCUACAACGCCGACGUGUCCUACGAGGGCGAGGCCAAGUACCCCGAGCCCAGCCUCAAGAACACCGGCUACGUCAACAACGCGCCGCAGCAACAGCCCAACAACGGCGGCUACCAGUACCGGAAGUAACUUGCCGCGGGAAUGGGGGGAAUCUAAAGUAAAGAAUUACAAACUGUUUGCUACUCUCGACCACCACCGCCACAAAUUAAGCAGCCCGUCCUGGGUCCGCCAAAGUGAUUUAAUGUUAUUGAUUUGUGUUAUUUUUUUGUCAUUCCUAAGUUUGUUUUUUUAUUCUGCCGCAUCUCAUUUUUAUCUAUUUUUUUUAUUCUCUUAAUCAUAGUGCAGAAAUUCUAUUUGUUUUAUUUUUUGUUUUUUUCCCAUUGAAAUGUGUGUGUAUGUGUGUUGUUCAAUAGUAGAGCUAAACCAAAUGGACAGUGUCUCUCUAAAAGUGGACCCAAAGAUUGUUGCUUCCCAAGGAUUCAGGGAAGCAGACACACAGCAGAAAAUGGUCUCAGCCAUUCAACUUUAUCCCAGUACCUCCUUUUCAGGAAAGCUACACCAGUUCUUAUGUUAUUAUCAAAAAGUAGUUUUGAAAAGCAAACACCCCUGUGCCACCAAGCAUUGUACAUAACCCUGAGUGAAUGAGUGAGCAAAUGAUUUCUGAAUGACAAGUGUGUGUUGGGGCUGUGAACCCAAUGUAAUGACUGUGACUUUUGUAUAAAUAUUUUAUUAUUAAUAAAAAUAAAUAAAUUGAAAUUAA